CGAAAAAACAAAUCAAUCAAUGAGCUCUCGCCUGACUCCUCGCCACUACCACUACCCGUUCCUGGAGGUUGUCGCUUGUCUUCCUGGGUUGCGGCGAACGACAGGGUGCUCUCGCAUCGCAUAAGCUGACGUGCCCUCGUAAUUCUUCGAGCACUCAUCAACACCCAGACCCGGUUUUCCUUCAGACAUCACGAAGGGCCUCAUUCCAGAUCACCCAGUCAUCACGUCCGGCCUGUUCUGGCAUAUCGCAACUGGUGUUUUUUGUGGCUGCAACCGCCCAUUUUUAAAAUGAGUUCAAGUCGUCAGACCCGCACCGGCCGGUCGAUUAGAGGCCCCCAGUCGGCGCUUACAGACUUCUUGGCCUCGCAAAACAUCUCUGCUGCUCAAAUCCGAGCGGAUGCAGAUGCUCGGCGAGCUGCGGCGGCUCGUGAGGCCGGGCCAUCCACCACAACCGUUGCGGAAGAACCUGCCGAGGAGGAAGAUGAAGAUGAAGAAGAAGACGUUCCCACGACCUCUCGCCGUGCCGCAGCUGCUCGGGCUCGUGAUCAGAAACGCAAGAAGCAGGCCGAGACCAUCGAGAAGAUCAAAAAGUCCAAGGCAUACAAGAAAAGGAAGCGGGAGGCAGACGAUUCCGACUCCGACGAUCUGGUUGAGACCAUGUUCGCUGAAAAGCUAACCCCCCUGCCUGGACAAAUGGAGCACUGUGAGAUCUGCGAGAAACGCUUCACCGUGACUCCUUAUUCACGAGCCGGUCCAAAUGGUGGUCUCUUGUGCGCUAAGUGCAGCAAGGACCUUGCCAAGGAUGACGAUGCCGCAAAGAAGAAGAAGAAGAAGCCGCUCAACACAGGAGGCGGUGGGCGGAGGAAGACUCAAAGCAAGAUUCUUGAUGGCACGCAGCCGACGGGCGCCAAGACUUUGACGACGCUCUGUGUAGAGACAUUGGCGAAGAACAUCGAGCUCGCAGACGACCUUGGUGAUUUACCACCACGAGCUAUUGAUCGCAUCGCCAGAUUGCUAUCAAAGCGACGCAUGCUUGGGCCCCAAACCCUGAACUUGUUUCUCCAACCCGCCACGGAGCAAGUCAUGGUAUAUGACGGGGCACGGCUCAGCUCCGACGACUACAAGCGAAUAUUUUCAGUUGCAUCAAGAUUGGAGAAACUCAAGCUUCGCAAUGCAAUCCAGUUCAAGGACGAGGUGAUGGAGUAUCUACUUGGGCGCCAGUUGAUGCUGAAAUAUUUCUACAUUCACGGCGCGAAUCUUCUGAGCGCAGCCGUGUGGGAAAGAUACAUCCGCGAAAAGGGCGCGCACCUUGAGACCUUGCAGAUUUACUACACGGACAAGCACGUCAACGAUGAGAUACUCAAGUCUGUCAAGAACCACUGUCAUGCACUCAAGCGACUCAAAAUCUGCCACAACCAGCAAGUUUCAGACGAGGGGCUUCUGCACAUAGCCGAGAUGAGCUCACUUGAGCACCUGGGACUACAGCUCGUCAAGUUCACAACGACUGAACCAUACGUCAAGAUUGUCCAGAAUGUCGGGAGAAACUUGCGAACCUUCUCCAUCAAGGAAGUACCCGAUGUCGACGACCGCCUUCUCGACGCUUUGCACAAGGAAGCGACGGUUCUGACCAAGCUCCGCAUCACUGGCAGUGAAGUCAUGACGGACUCGGGCUUUGCAAGGUUGUUCACCGAUUGGAAAAAUCGCCCUCUUGUAUCGGUCGAUCUUCAAAGAUGUCGUCAUGUGGAUGCCGCGAAACCUCGCGAGAAUGCCCAUCUAGUGGGCUUCUGCUCCGAUGGAUUCCGGGCCCUCAUGAAACAUUCGGGCAGGCAACUACGGUAUCUCAACGUCCAUGCGUGCCGACAUAUCUCUCAAGAGGCAUUCGAAGACGCCUUUGCAGAAGACAAGACGUAUCCAGAGUUGCAGUAUGUCGAAGUCAGCUUCUGUGAGGAGGUCACAGACUUUAUUGUUGGCAGCAUCUUUCGGGCCUGCCCCAAUCUGAAGGAAAUGAAUGUCUUUGGUUGCAUGAAGGUCAAGGACGUGCGGGUGCCAAGAGGCAGAAUUCUGGUUGGGGUGCCUAAUGCGCAAGGCAUGGUUAUCGAGGGUUCUGAUGAUUGAUGGAUACCCACGUCUCGAAAUGUGGGUGACAUCGUGGGGCGCACGCAGUCGACAACAUGACAACAGGAGAUCGCUCCUCCGGACUUUGCAUUCAACAUUUGAUUCUGACAUUAUCAGCGCUAUGCACAGAUGAUUGUGUCGUAUGACUAGGCUUCAAGGAAAAUGAAUGGAACAUUUUAACAAA